UUCACGGCAGGUUUUAAUCUGUGGUCAUGCAUAUCAUAGUGAUUGUUUAAAAACUUUAAAUUUCAUAUAUUUACCUUGUACACGUUAUUUUUGUGAUGGAAUUAAAAAACUUUCUCAAAGUUUUAUAGAUAGAUUAUCAAAAGGAAUAUCAGAAGAUUCACUUAUUUUGAAAGAAGAGGAUGAUGGGAUUACAGAUGAAGAUAAUGAUAUGUUUGAAGAUGAAAUAAGUGAAAAUAUAUUAGCACAAGAAAAAUUCUUUUAUUCUUUAUCUUUAUUUUAA